AUGAAUUUUAUUUAAUUAGGUAAACUAAAAAAUCAGUUGGCUAAUUCUAAAUCAAAUGUUUUAAUAACUUAACAAAGAAGAUAAUCCAGAGUUAAUUCCAUAGAAUAAUUAAUUUCUUAUCAAAAUAAACAAAAUUAUUUCAAAUAAAAUUAGGAGUUCAUUGAAAAAUCUCCAUUAAAAAAGUACUUCACAUUAUUUUAAUAGAUUUUACCAGGAUUAAUCUACUCAAAUUGAAAAACCUGAAUAAAAAGUGAGAUCUCAUUCUCUUAAUCAUGUUCAAUAACAACACUAAAUUAAUUCUCAUAGACUUAUAAAUUAAUAAAGAAUUGCAAAAACAAACAAUAAUAUAGAAAUCAAUUAUUCUAAAUAAGGAAUGUAACUCAUAUAAAUUCAAAAAAAAAGAGAAAAUUUUAAUGAAGCAUUCCAUUCUAUACUAUAAUAAAGAAUAAACAAUUUAAAUGCUCAUAAUUAUGGAUCUAAUUCAAAUAUCAAUUCACUAAAUUCUUAAUAAAGAAAACUAUUUGAAAAAUCUAAAAUAGAUCAAUAUAGAAAAUUUAAGUAAUAUGAUUUUGAAUCUUAAAUUCCAGAAGGACCUUAACUAAGUUUUAGAUAAUUUGCCAAAAUGUAAGGGUUUAAAUUACCCUAAUUUUUAGAAUGA